CGAAUGUUCGGGUCGUAAAUCUCGUUGCAACCGGUUGUCUCCUGACAAUCUCGCGAUAUUUUAUUCUAAGUGGCGGCUGUGUGGCCCCCUGCCUCAGUUCGGACGGGAGUUGUCUCUGACGUUUGAAUGAAAAACAGUGUGAAUUACCUCCACUUUGGACCGAUGAAAUAAUGGCUUCAGCCUUGGAGCAGUUUGUGAACAAUGUGCGGCAGCUCUCCGCUCAAGGCCAGAUGACUCAGCUGUGUGAGUUGAUCAACAAGAGUGGAGAGCUACUGGCCAAAAAUCUGUCCCAUCUGGACACUGUGCUUGGGGCCUUGGACAUCCAGGAGCACUCCCUGGGUGUGCUGGCUGUGCUAUUUGUGAAGUUCUCCAUGCCAAACAUCCCAGAUUUUGAGACCCUCUUCUCGCAAGUCCAGCUCUUCAUUAGCACCUGCAACGGGGAGCACAUCAGAUAUGCAACAGACACUUUUGCUGGUCUCUGCCACCAGUUGGCAAAUGCCCUUGUAGAGCGGAAACAGCCACUGAGAGGUGUCGUCAUUUUAAAACAGGCAAUAGACAAAAUGCAGAUGAACACAAACCAGCUUACCUCAGUUCAUGCAGACUUGUGUCAGCUGUGCUUGUUAGCCAAGUGCUUCAAGCCCGCCCUUCCCUUCCUGGAGCUCGACAUGAUGGAUAUCUGCAAGGAAAAUGGAGCAUACGAUGCAAAGCACUUUUUAUGUUACUACUACUAUGGCGGCAUGAUCUACACGGGCCUCAAAAACUUUGAAAGAGCACUGUAUUUUUACGAACAGGCAAUAACCACUCCAGCCAUGGCAGUGAGCCACAUCAUGUUGGAAGCCUAUAAGAAGUACAUUCUGGUCUCACUCAUCCUGCAUGGCAAAGUACAGCAGCUUCCCAAGUACACGUCACAGAUAGUAGGAAGGUUCAUCAAGCCCCUGAGCAAUGCAUACCAUGAGUUAGCCCAGGUGUAUGCCACCAACAACCCAGCGGAGCUGCGCAGCCUGGUCAACAAACACAGCGAGACCUUCACGCGAGACAGCAAUACAGGCUUGGUCAAACAGUGCCUCUCUUCUCUGUACAAGAAGAACAUCCAGAGGCUAACAAAGACCUUCCUGACACUUUCCUUGCAAGACAUGGCGAGUCGAGUGCAGCUGUCAGGCCCCCAGGAGGCAGAGAAAUAUGUCCUGCACAUGAUCGAAGACGGCGAGAUCUAUGCCAGCAUCAACCAAAAAGAUGGCAUGGUCUGUUUCCAUGACAACCCUGAAAAAUACAAUAACCCAGCCAUGCUUCACAAAAUUGACCAAGAGAUGUUGAAGUGUAUAGAGCUUGAUGAGAAGCUAAAGUCAAUGGAUCAGGAAAUCACAGUGAACCCACAAUUUGUGCAGAAGAGUAUGGGAUCGCAGGAGGACGACGUCGGUAGCAAAACAUCAAGUUACUCUUGAGGGGCCUUGGACAGGGAGAGAACGCUGCUUAUCAUCCACCACGUUCUUUCCACAAUGAGUCAGCUUUAUUUUUGUUUUUGUUUUUUUAAGAUGAAAAUAAACAUUCUAUUGCAUAUGGACAUUGGUCAAGGAAAAUCUAAAUGUGUGGAAUGAUGACAAUGAUGAUGAAUUUGGUUAUUCUUUCUUCGGUGUCUUGAAGAUAACAAAAAAUCCUUACCAGAAAAGAAAAAAAAUACAAUUUUGUCAGUGUUUUAUUUAUCAAUGUUUCAGGUGGGAGCACCACUGCUGCAUUAAUAGAAACCAUAAUAAUAAAACUGGACUUAUUUGUUCAAAAAAUAGAA